GGAUUUGUUGACAAUGGAAACUGUAUACAUAUAUAUAACAGUACAGGAAAGGGACAGGCAGAGAAAUGAAAAAGUACAGAAUAAAGAAAGGAAGGAAGUAAAGUUUUAAGUGACUGGGUGAGAGCGCCACUGAAUAAGUGAGCCAGUGACAGAGAGAGAGAAAGAGAGAGCAUUAGCUGCAGAGAGAGUGAGAAGGCGGACGAGUGAACAGCUACCGCUGAGAGGAUUACACGAUUCAGAGCUCUACACGGUCUAAACUGCAGACUAAACUUUUCCUGUAUGAUUUUCUGGGAACAGAACUAAAUCCAGCCUCUUUUUGAACUCUUUUGUUUGGGGUCUGAUGGUUCGGCUCUCAACCUCAAGCCCUCCCGGAGCGGUGUGUUUAAAAGCUCUGGUCAAAGCCAACUUGUCUUUAUGAACACUGCCAGCACCGAGUCUGACUGGAUAUUUUGCCUCUGGCAGUACUCUUGUGGCACCAGGCCUUUUUAGAGCUGUUACGUCAACUCUUUGAGGCUACUUUACAGCUAUUAGGCUUUUAGUUGAACGGCUACUAUUACCAGGGGUUUUAAGGGGACUAUCCUUGUCUUUCUGUACCUGUGCCACCACCAGAAUUGUGCUUGGAACUCCACUGAUAGCACUUUCUUUCUGGUUUCCCAGCUUGUAUCAGUCAUUGCUUCAGUGCUAGAACAGCAAGCUGAAUUGUUCCUGGACUUUGUGUCUAUACUAGAAAACAGUACCAAACUCUCUUUAGUGUCACUCUGGACCCUCUGCUGUUUUCUACCAGUCUGAAAAUCUUUAUGGACGCUCUCUUGGUACUGGGAAUAGUCCAGAUUGUGUGCUUGGCUUUGGGGUGAGCAGUAUGGUGGCGGGGCAGGGGCCCCUUAGCCUGCUGGUACAGCGGUUUAACUCUGGAUGCUCAGUGGCAAACAGCAGCAUGGGAAAAGAGGUUGAGGAGCCCAGCACCAAGCGCAGUAAGCCUCUAUCCCGGGUAACGUCUCUGGCCAGCCUGCUGCCCCCCGUCAAGACAACGCCGCUGAAGAGGAUUGGCCAGACACUGCAGCGCACCAUCAGUCUUCGUAAUGAGGGCCGUGCAGAGAGAGCUGCUCCUCCUCCUCCUUCCUCCUCGACAACAAAGACACGUGUUAUCUCAGCGACACUCUCAAACCCUUCGUCCUCCAUGACUGCCCCGAGGGUUUCAACUGCAGCUGCUCCGGCCUCCAAGCGUCGGGACAGCAAGCUGUGGAGCGAGACAUUUGACGUCCGACUGGGAGCGGCACAACCUCUGAGCCCCAAAGAGAUAAAACGACAAGAGGCUAUAUUUGAGCUGGCUCAGGGCGAGCAAGAUUUGGUGGAGGAUCUGAAGUUGGCCAAGAAGGCCUACCACGACCCAAUGCUCAAGCUAUCCAUCAUGACCGAGCAAGAACUGAACCAGAUCUUUGGUACUCUGGAAUCACUUAUACCUCUGCAUGAAGAUUUGCUGAGUCACCUCCGAGAUGCCAGAAAACCUGACGGGUCCACAGAACAUGUAGGAGAUAUUUUAACUGAUUGGCUGCCCUGCCUCUCUGCCUACACGCCAUACUGCAGUAACCAGGUCAAAGCCAAGGCUUUGUUGGACCAGAAGAAGCAAGAUCGGCGAGUCCAGGACUUCUUGCAGCGUUGUCUCCAGUCACCUUUUAGCAGGAAGCUGGACCUGUGGAACUUCCUGGACAUCCCCCGCAGCCGGCUGGUGAAAUACCCGCUGCUGCUCAGAGAGAUCCUCAAGCACACAGCCAACGACCACCCGGAUCGACAGCACCUGGACGAAGCGAUGCUGAUGGUUCAAAGCGUGGUGGCGGACAUCAACAGGCAGACAGGAGAGUCGGAGUGUCAAUAUUACAAAGAUCGUCUGGUGUACACAGAGGACGGACAAAGGGACGAACUCAUCGACCGCUCCAAGACCCUCAGUUGCCAUGGAGAGCUGAAGAACAACAGAGGACUCAAGCUCCACGUGUUCCUUUUCCAGGACGUCCUGGUCAUCGCCAGAUCCAUGUCGUCAAACGACCAGCCAGUCAGCUAUCAGCUCUGCCGCCAGCCAAUCCCCAUUCGUCAGCUGGACUUGGAAGACCUAUCAGAUGGAGAGAUAAGAGUAGGCGGAUCCAUCAGAGGGGCCUUCAGCAACAAUGAACGAACAAAGAACUUCUUCCGGGUUUCAUACCGUACUGGAGGCCAACUGCAGAGCCACUGCUUUCAGGCUAGUGACGCCUUCAACAAACAGCAGUGGAUCAACUGCAUUAGACAAGCCAAAGAAGCUGCAGCACUGACUGGAGACCAGCUGCCACAGACGGGACAACGUCCAGAGACGGGGGUCAAUGAACAACCAGGGCCACCUGUUGAAACAGGGCAGAGUUUGUGCAAUGACUCGGAGCCUGGGAAUGAAAAAGGGCUGUGGGGGGUGAAAGGACAGGGCUUGGAGGGAGAGGCAGGUCUGCAUGGACAGCAAGAGCUUGGACUGAGGGAUGGAGAUGGGCUGGGUUUAACUCAAGAGACAAUGACGGGGAAGGAGAUGGAGGCAGAUUUGGGUUUGCAUGGCAAGUCAGAGAUGGACAGAGCACUACAGCUUGUGAUCAGUGAAGCGAAGACAGGUGUGGAGAUGGAGGGAAAUCAGGGUGUUGGUGUGGAGAUGGGAGCUGAACCAGGAGCCACUGCAGACUUUAAGGUGGAUGAAGAGGGACAGACUCUCAGCAGAUGUGAAGAUGCAGUCUCCAUUUCCCUCCUCUCCUCUUCUAUUCCCAAACAAGUGGAGGAUGAGGUGAUGGAGGAGGAGCGGAGCAGUGCUGCAGAGGAAAGAGAGGAUUGUAUGGACACUGGCGAGAUGGACUCACUGCAGUGCCACAGGUGCUGAUAGGACAGCACGUAUCAGGACUGGAACUAAACUCAACCAAAUGUGGUAUUUAGUAAUGAUGUAACUAACAAAAAGCCAAAUGAAACGUAUAUGAACAAACUUCUUGGGGGAAGACCAACCGGUGCUCACUGCUCACAGACAUACUGCUCAGAAUUGAGGCUGAAGGUGGUAAAUGCUUGUACUGUGAUAUGUAUGUAAGAUGUUAAGUCCAGGAGAUAUGGUGAAGUAACAAAAAUGUGCUCCAGAUGAAAUAAAGACUCAGAAAAGGCCAAAUUCAAACAAGAUUCAAACAACAUUAAAUAAAGAAGACAACUGGCCACUGUAUCUGAUGAGAACAGAGAUAAGAUGACAGCAAACAUUACACAUUUAGAAAUAAGCAUAUCUCAAGGAUAUGAGUCAGGAGGAUACACACUUAUUCUCCACAUCGGAGUAAACAGUCACUCCCUAGCAAUGUAAAAACACUGUUAGGCAGGCAGUGGGACACUCCUCUCCCUUAGGUUAAGUACUCCCAGGACAGUCUCACUGCUGCACCCACUCUGGUUGACCCACGGAUGCAAAAUAAAACUCCCUAUAAAAACCUUGGUGAAUUUAGAGUUUUGACUGUUUAAGGAGAAUUGAAAAAGUGAAAUAGAGGAAAUGAUGUUAGCAGUUGCUAAAUGGUGUGUGCACAGGUUGGUCAUAAGACUGAGGAUUGGAAGUAAGCAUCUCCCAUGCUGCUAUCUGCUGUGUCCUAACUGCAGUUAGCCAUGGAUGUUGUUAAGAGGACUGGAUACCACACCCUGUGGAAGUUGCUCACCAGGCACACACUGCUAAAAGACUGCUCAAAGGCCCUCCCUCACGGGCUUCCUUUCCAGCUCCCCCCUGGCUCCAUCAUAGCUAACAUUAACUCACAUUUUGUACUGGACCCGCCUUUGAAGAAAUAAAUCCUGUUCCAACCACCCCUUGCCAGCAGCAGAGCUCAACAGUCUUUAUAGUGGUGACGAGGCUGAGAACACUACUUUCACCGAAUAACAACAAAACGUAUGUCUCCAUUCACUGUAGAAAUCGUCAGUUAUUUGGUCACUCUUAUGUUUGGGUUUAUGGGGGUUGCUCCUGGACAGGCUUCUCCUGGAUAGGCUACUGCUCACCUCACUGGUCCUGUGAGGUGAGCAGUAGUGAAAAACAGGAAACUGGGAAAUGUGAAAACACUCUUAAUUGUGCCAUCAUCUCAUGUAUUUUUGCUCAUUAUUAUAUUUUACAUACCAAUUCUGUUGUAUAGAUUGGUGGAGACACAGACUGUAGUAAGUAAGUCUGCAGAAUGCCAUCAUUUCAGUCACCAAAACUAAAGCAGAGAUGUCUUGGAUGGUUUGUACCAAACAGGAAAUUACAGUAUUCUUAGUUAAUUCCUUUAAAAGCAAAGCAACAAAUCCCCUACUUUGAGCCCAAAAGUCCCCCCCUCCCCCCGUUGAGUUGUUAUGGAGGGCAAGAAACUAUUCAAUGAAGCCAGAACAUUAAUUGUACCAGGCUGUAAAUAUGUGGUUGCUGCAAAGUUGGGCAUUUUUGCAUGGGGAGUCUAUGGGGAUUGAUUUCCUUUUGGAGCUAGCCCCAAGCGGCCAUCAGAGGAACUGCAGUUAUUGGCAUUUGUACAUCGGCUUCAUUUUUCAGCUCUGCAGGGCGUCACUUGGUUUUCAUCUCCUGUUUUAGUUUUCUUGUCAGAUGUGGGAUCGCUUCCUCCUCUGCUGCUGUGUUUCAAAAACUUUUUAAAGCAUGUCUGAAAACACUGGAGAGAACUCAGCUGUACAUUCACUUUUAAUGAGUUAGCAGAUUUUAUUUAUCUUCUGUGUUCUGUAGAUUUACAGUUUUUAUCAUGUAUCCCAACAAUAUUUUGUUAAACUGAAGUAGCAGCUGAAGCUGCUGCUAAGUGAAAUGCUCUGUGUUCAACUCUGUAUUAAAGAAGGAGCCUGUUGUACAUGUACUGUAUGUAUAUAAAGAAUGUAUAUGAAGUAUUUGUGUAAUAUGAAUGAAGGAAAAAAAACAAACAAGUGCUACUGUUUGUUAUAUACGUGCUUACAUAUUACACACAGAAUGAUUGCUGUCAGCUCCGUCAAUGUUAGCAAGGCUGAAGAUGCUAAUAAUGACAUUUACACUAAAUUAAGGCUGCCAUUUUUAAAAAUGAAUUACAGUACUGUGUAAAAGCUUUGAACCACCCUUCAUUUUUCUAUAUAUCUUGCUAGGGAAAUAGGAAAUAGGUGCAGCACUUUAUUCAAACAUGUAGAAGCGUACAUGGAAAUAUAAGGCAAAAAAAAAAAAAACCCUGGAAAGUCAAUAUUUGGUAUGAACACCUUUAUUUUUUCUUAGGCAAGCUUUCUAAUAAUUUCUUUAUGCAGUCUUCAGGAAUAGUUUUCCAUUCCUAUUGAAUGAAAUUCAAAGCUCUCCUUUGGAUGUUGGCUGCUUUUUGCUCCAUUCUCAUAUUUUUGUAGAUUAAGCCAAAAAAAAAAAAAAGGGACCAAAUGGUGUAUUUCUGCUUACUUGUUAUAUGUAGACAACACUGAGUUAGAUGCAUUUUUAGUGCUUGAAUGUUUCAUAGGUCAAUGUGAAGUGGUUAAAUAAACAGAGAAAAACAUUCUUCUGAAAAUGUUCAGGUACAAGGACUGGACUGAAAAUUAGUGAAAUAGCAGCAAUUGUCCAAAAGGACUAAUUUUUCACUUAUUGGGAGCACAAUGUAAAUGAAAUGAGAGGUGGCUCAAAACUUUUGCAAAGUCCUUAUAAGAGAAGAUUUGGACAUCUCUGCUCAGAGAACACUAACUAUUGUGCAAAAACGAACAAGGUGAUUAUAAGUUGAAGUAUUAUUGUGAGGAACAAAGCAUCAAUAAAUUGUUUUAAUAGAAAGCCUUUCAUUGGAUGGAUGGUUACUGUUAGUUUAAAAAGAAUUCCCUAUCGCCUUGCACACACAGAAAUGCAAUCACUCAAAUGCACAAAAGCUACAGUUACAACAAGCUAUUCUGAUUGCCUUCAAAUCUUCCAAACCAGGGGUAAGUUAAAAAAAAAA